UCGGCUGACACAUUCAAGCAGUUUUCACUAUUCUCGCGCAGUUUUGAGUUGGCUGCUGCCGGAGCAAUUUAGUUUGUAGCGUGUUUUUUCCAGCCCAGUCGCGAAACUAAAACCACUUGAAUCGACUUGCAAGGACGUGGGUGAGCCCUGAAGGAUGGAGAACGGAGUUUACUACGGGGAUGGCAAUGCCGAUGGGUAUAUGGAGCAGGAGGAGGAAUGGGAGCGUGAGGGACUCCUUGAUCCAGCAUGGGAAAAACAACAGAAGAAGACAUUCACGGCCUGGUGCAACAGCCACUUGCGGAAAGCUGGAACUGCCAUUGAGAAUAUUGACAAUGACUUCCGCAAUGGACUCAAACUCAUGCUGCUCCUGGAGGUGAUUUCGGGGGAGACACUGCCGAAGCCAGACAGAGGAAAAAUGCGCUUCCACAAGAUUGCGAAUGUGAACAAGGCGUUGGACUUUAUUGCGUCGAAGGGUGUAAAGUUGGUGUCAAUUGGCGCUGAGGAGAUUGUCGAUGGGAAUCUCAAGAUGACUCUCGGUAUGAUUUGGACCAUCAUUCUCCGCUUUGCCAUCCAGGAUAUCUCUGUGGAGGAGAUGACCGCCAAGGAGGGUCUUCUGCUGUGGUGUCAGCGUAAGACAGCACCAUACAAGAAUGUCAACGUGCAGAACUUCCAUCUCUCCUUCAAGGAUGGUUUAGCUUUCUGUGCUCUCAUUCAUCGCCAUAGACCAGAUUUGAUUGAUUACAGCAAACUCUCGAAAGACAAUCCACUGGAGAAUCUCAAUACGGCCUUCGAUGUGGCUGAGAAGUAUCUCGAUAUCCCGAGAAUGUUGGAUCCAGAUGAUUUGAUCAAUACACCGAAACCGGAUGAGAGGGCUAUUAUGACAUACGUGUCGUGCUAUUACCAUGCGUUCCAGGGCGCCCAGCAGGUUGGAUUUAAGAAUACCGCCAUGCCAGAUGAGAGAGCUGUAAUGACUUAUGUGUCUUCCUACUACCAUUGCUUCAGUGGUGCCCAAAAGGCUGAAACAGCUGCCAAUCGCAUCUGCAAGGUCCUCAAAGUCAAUCAGGAGAAUGAGCGUCUUAUGGAGGAGUACGAGAGAUUGGCAAGCGAUUUGCUUGAGUGGAUUCGUCGUACAAUGCCAUGGCUGAAUUCACGUCAGACGGACAACUCCCUGGCAGGUGUGCAAAAGAAGCUGGAGGAAUAUCGGACGUACAGGCGCAAGCAUAAGCCACCACGUGUGGAGCAGAAGGCAAAACUUGAGACGAACUUCAACACGCUGCAAACCAAGUUGCGCCUCUCCAAUCGCCCAGCCUACAUGCCGACUGAGGGGAAGACCGUGUCGGACAUUGCCAAUGCCUGGAAGGGUUUGGAGAAGGCCGAGAAGGCGUUUGAGGAGUGGCUCUUGGCUGAGACAAUGCGCCUCGAACGUCUUGAGCAUCUGGCACAGAAGUUCAAGCAUAAGGCGGACACGCAUGAGGAUUGGACACGUGGCAAGGAGGAGAUGCUGCAGAGUCAGGACUUCCGGCAGUGCCGUCUCAAUGAGCUGAAGGCUCUGAAGAAGAAGCACGAGGCAUUUGAGUCGGAUCUGGCGGCACAUCAGGAUCGCGUGGAACAAAUUGCAGCAAUUGCACAGGAACUCAAUACGCUGGAGUACCACGACUGCAUGUCGGUUAAUGCUCGUUGUCAGCGCAUUUGCGAUCAGUGGGAUCGUCUCGGGGCGCUCACGCAGCGUCGUCGUCAGGCGCUCGAUGAGGCGGAGAGGAUUCUCGAGAAGAUUGACAUUCUCCACUUGGAGUUUGCCAAGAGGGCGGCCCCAUUCAACAAUUGGCUCGAUGGCACACGCGAGGAUCUCGUUGAUAUGUUCAUCGUGCACACCAUGGAGGAGAUUCAGGGGCUAAUUCAGGCGCACGAUCAAUUCAAGGCAACCCUCGGGGAGGCAGACAAGGAGUACAAUCUCAUUGUGGGCCUUGUGCGCGAAGUGGAGACAAUUGUGAAGCAACACCAGAUCCCUGGUGGCCUCGAGAAUCCCUACACCACCCUCACGGCACACGAUUUAACGCGAAAAUGGUCAGAUGUGCGCGGUUUGGUGCCACAGCGUGAUCAAACGCUGGCCAAUGAGUUGCGCAAGCAGCAGAACAAUGAGAUGCUGCGCAGACAAUUUGCCGAGAAGGCUAAUGCCGUGGGGCCGUGGAUUGAGCGCCAGAUGGACGCAGUUACGGCCAUCGGGAUGGGGCUGCAGGGCUCCCUCGAGGAUCAGCUGCAUCGCCUGCGUGAAUACGAGCAGGCCGUGUAUGCGUAUAAGCCGCACAUUGAGGAACUUGAGAAGAUCCAUCAAGCCGUCCAGGAGUCCAUGAUCUUCGAAAAUCGCUACACACACUACACAAUGGAGACCCUACGCGUGGGCUGGGAGCAACUUCUCACGUCCAUUAAUCGCAACAUAAACGAGGUGGAGAAUCAAAUUCUCACACGAGACUCAAAGGGUAUCACACAGGAGCAACUCAAUGAAUUCCGCUCCAGUUUCAAUCAUUUCGACAAGAAUCGCUCAUGCCGACUGGCUCCGGAUGAAUUUAAGUCCUGCCUCGUGUCCCUUGGCUACUCAAUUGGCAAAGAUCGCCAGGGUGAGAUGGACUUCCAGCGUAUUAUGGCCGUGGUGGAUCCCAAUAGUACUGGCUACGUUCACUUUGAUGCCUUCCUGGACUUUAUGACGCGCGAAUCAACUGAUACAGAUACAGCUGAGCAAGUGAUAGAUUCCUUCAGGAUCCUUGCUUCUGACAAGCCGUAUAUCCUGCCAGAUGAGUUGAGACGUGAAUUGCCACCAGAUCAGGCUGAGUACUGCAUUCAGCGCAUGCCGCCCUUCAAGGGUCCAGGUGCUGUUCCCGGAGCCCUUGACUACAUGUCCUUCAGUACAGCCCUCUAUGGCGAGAGCGAUUUGUAGGUUUAAGCACAACCAACCACCAUAUCGACCGGCAGCUCAACGCACAACUCCCACUGAUGGAGAGUAUCAUUUACAGAGAAAAGAAAAAAACAAGAAAUAUUCUUUUUUUUCCUCUCCGGGGGGAGGGGGGUCAAGCGCGCGGAUAUAUCGAAUUUUACUCGCAAGAUUAAAAGAUUUUUUUUGGAAGAAAAAGGUAAAAAAAAGAGAUAAAAUGGGGAAAUGUAGUUGAAAAGUGGAAAUUUUGUGUCAUUUUUUUUCUUCUCUUCUUUGUUGUUUCAAUAAUGAGAAAAAGAGAAAGGGUGUUUUUUUUUAGAAUUUCUCAGUGAGAUUCACAGGGAAAUGUGGGUGAAUAAAAAUCGCUAGAUGGAAAGGAAAGCAUGAGAAAGAAAAUAUUGUAAAAGAAUUAAAGGAUAAAACCUUUAUUGUGAGAUUAUUGAAGAGUACGUACAUAUUACAGUGUCUCUAUUGAGAUUGUCUCCUUAUCCACGAAUUUCUCUAUUUUUUAUUUUUUUAUUUUCUUUUUUUUUUUGAUGAUUUUCUUAUAGGUAUGCCUCCCACCAUACUUAGAAUAUUUCUUUAAUUUUCAUUUCUUCCUCAAUUUUGUGGCGAAAGCUGAGAGAAUUUUCUCGGCGCGUGUAAGUUUUUUUUUCUUUCGUGUAUAAAGUACCAUAUAUAUAUUAAUAUUUUAUGCUUCCUGAGAGAUGAAUUUGUUUUAUUCUUCUGUUUCUGCUUCAUUUGCAACAACCAUAGAAUUUAAUAAAAUUAAGAGGUUCAAUAUAGUUUUGAGACAUCUUUAUUACAGUAAUGAGGUGAAAUAAAAUAAACAAGAAAAGAAUAUAAAUAGAGCGGAGAGAAAGAGAGGAAAGAAAAACAGCAGAAGGAUACGAUAAUAAUGAUUAUACACAACUUAUACAAUAUUUAAAAUUAGUAAAGAAGAAAUUUAAUAAAAUCUCCGUGAUUUUCUUUUA